AGUUGAUCAGUUAGUCAGAAUCAGCGAGGUUGCAAUCAUGGCUCGUUCUUUUAGGACCAUAGCGAAGCUCGUUUUACUUCUUCUUCUUGCUGCUGAGCAGGGUCUCAGCUGUAACUCACGCUAUCACAUAUCUUCUACCACGUUCAACUGGUUCGAGGCUGUUGAGUACUGCAACCGUCUGGGGAUGCGCCCGGCCAUCCUGGAUACUCCGGCCAAACACGAUGAAGCCGUACGAGAGGCCCAACUGACCGGCAAGCAAGCGUCCGGAUUCUUUGGUCUGUGGCUUGGUGCGACGGAUCUGGGCCGGAUCGGAACGUACGUGUGGCAACCGACGGGAUCGCGGGUCGGUUGGGUCAAGUGGCGGCCCGGAGAGCCCACCGGAGGACCGGAACACUGCAUGAAUCUGUACUACUGGCCCAGGCAGGGCUUCCAGUGGACGGUGAACGAUGCCCCGUGUGAUACCAAGCUGUACGCGCUGUGCCAGCAGGAUUAUCGUGAUUAUUGAGAUGUAAUUGAGUGUGAAAUACUAUAUUUUAGCUGUAAACGUUCAACACUUGAACACAUGCAUAGGUGAAAAAUAAUAACUUUGAUUUAUUUGAUCCUUA